CCCUCUGCGGCUUCCGUAGAGAAGGCAACUGUACUCGAGCAAUACAGAAGCCAGUUUGUUGUUUUUAGCGUUUUAGCAAAACAACUUGAGGUGCUCUUCAGAAAUUCCGUCGAAGGAAAUGGCUACCUCUUUCGUGACCGAAGAACGAGAUCAAUCGGUGACAUUAGAAGAUCCAAUAAACCUUCGCUGCAGAAAGUGCCGUAGAUGUCUACUAGACUCCACCAGCAUCCUGAAGGUAGGAACAUCGAGCGAAGCUGCAGCCACAUGCAAUGUGUGGCAUUUGAAUGUUGAAUCUUUGCCAGAUUGGAUUUUGGCAAGUGUCGGUCAGGCCACUUGGACAAUGGGGAAACUAAACUGUCAAAACUGUGGAGCUCGCUUAGGAGGCUUUAAUUUUGUCAAUUGCUCUAAAUGCUCCUGUGGGCGUGACACAACAGUACAUCUCAGUAAGAGUCGGGUUGAUCAGGAUCUAAAACCUAAAGUUCUUUUGGCGAGACCAGGAAGGACUAGAGAACAUAUCAUGAGGAGGAAGAAUGAGGUGGAGUGUCUCGCUCAGACAAUAAGCUCAUCUCCCUCUUCUUCCUCAACUGUGUCCCAUGUUGCCUCUGAGGUUGAGUCAACUGAAGAACCACAGAUUCUUGAGACUUUUGAGAGAGGCACAUAUGUUUCUUUACCUUCUGAACUGCUACCACAGCUGUCUGAUUAUCAGGAGAGUUUAGAGGUACAGCAUCUGGGUUCUGCUUCCCAGAGUAGAACCUCUCUGGACCGAGCUUUGAAUCCAGAAGAAGUCAGACUCGGAGUGAUGGAGGAGCCAUCAAGAAACAUCUCACCCAACCUAGAGCCAAAGCUUUCCAAGAGAGAGAAAAACCACAUGAAAAGCCUUAGAAGGAAGCAGAGGAAGAAGGAGCGUUGGGUUCAGAGACAGCAGGAGGCAAAAGAUCUGGCUACGAAGUGGGACCUAACGGGCAGUGAUGACGAUGAGAGGGAGGGAUACACAUGUGCCGUGUGCUUAGACAUAUAUUACAGCCCUUAUAAGUGCCAUCCUUGCAGUCAUGUGUUCUGUGAGCCCUGUUUGAGAACUCUGGCAAAGAACAGGCCAAGCAACACCCCUUGUCCCCUCUGUAGGACCCUCAUAUCCCACGUACUCUUUCAGGAAGAACUUAACCAAACUACAAAGACCUGCUUCCCAAAAGUGUAUUGUUCAAGACACGAGACUUUUCAGAAGACCAACUAUUCCAAGUGGCCCCUGCCCAACUGUCCAAAGCGUUUCCGAGUCUUCUGGGGAUUUCAGAGGCACGGAGGUCCUGCCAGUCGGUGGCAGUUUCCACACCGAGCGUUCGGCCUGGAUGCGUUGGAUCUGGGAGACAUGUGGGGCUGGCCAUUUGACAUUGACUUUGUGAUCAUCUCUGUCUACUCUCUGCAUUGGGUGAUGGCGUUCAUCAUCUUCUGUGGCCUCUGCUACUUCCUCCUCCUCUGAUGUAUGGAGGAUUAGUUCUCGCUUUGUUUGCUCUUUCUGGACAAAUGAAUGUUGUCGACGGUGGACAUCUCAUCAAGUGCCUCAUACUUUUAUUUCAAUGUAACUUCAAUUACGACAAAGCAUUAUGGUGUUUUUCUUCCUGUGGGAAUCAUUUGUGUGUUUGUUUGUGGUUUAGGUCUUACAGGGUUUGUGCAAUCCAUAGAUAUCACGUUAAGCAGUUACCUUGUAGGAUCUGCCUACUUGUAAACAGUAUUAUAAUGCAGCAGAAAAGAGAAAAAGCAAUAAUUCAGGGUAAAAUGCUUAGUCCGUUUGUACAAUUUGACAAAUUGUCUCUUUUUAUGUUACCAUUACAUGGAGCGGCAUAGAUGCUUCAUUAAUGCUAGUAUCCAGGUUUUCUUUGUAGAAAUUUAAUGACUUCUUUUACACAGUAAAAUGUUUCAGAACUUG